AUGGACCGUGUAGCUCACCGUAGACGAGCUACUCCAAGAUAUAUUGGACAAUUGUUUGUGGAGCGGACUGGACUCAUAGAUGGAAUUGUCCCUCGACAAAUUGCAGAUUCGAUGAGGAUCAUGUUUGGCCUGAAUCUUACCUAUACAACGUCAUACCGGGCUCUCAAAUUCGCUCAAGUAUUUGUCAGGGGAACUCCAGAAGAUGGAUAUGCUAACCUUCCUUCCUACCUUAGAAGACUGAAGCAAGCAAACCCUGGCACUAUAACACACCUGCUCUGUGAUGAAGAAGAUCGCUUCAAGUACUGUUUUGUGGCGUUAGCGGCUUCAACAGCGGGAUUUCAGUACUUGAAGAGGGUUAUUGUGGUUGAUGGAACACACCUUACUGGGAAAUAG